AUGUUCAACAACUUCCAGCGGCUUCAUGACUGUGUGUAUCGCUUCUCUCGCGUGGGUACAGGCGUAGGACCCAAUGUGACGCUGGUAGGUGGGGUGCAUGGCAACGAGCGCAUCGGUGUGGAAGUUUUGGACGCAUUGCGGCUCGCUCUCCUGCGUGCAGCACCGUUGUCUACUGCCAACAAUCUCUUCCCACGCAUAAAGAGAGGCUCCGUGACGCUGGUUUACGGUAACCCAAGAGCGCAACGCAUUGGCAAGAGAGGUAGUGAGCCGCAUGCGGACAUGAACCGCUGCUUCCCAAGAGACUUAAUGGAAAUUCCAGAAUCGAAGCUAGAUUUAAGUUACGAACAACGUCGAGCGAAGGAGUUGGCGCCACUUUUUGCGUCUAGCGACUUGUUGGUGGACUUGCACUCGACAAAUAAACCAUCACCACCAUUUGUCAGACUCUCAGGAUAUGAUAAUGUGCCACCUCAACUGAUGAAGAUUUCGGGACGUCUGCCGACAAAAAUGUUACUGCUAGACCCGAAACACCUCAUUGGAGAUGGGAACGUGGCGUUGACGGACGAGUUCGUUGGUGCUCAUGGAGGCAUGGGUGUUUGCUACGAGAGCGGACUGGCAACUGAUUUGUCACAAACAAAGAUUGAUAGUAUUACGCGCAGUAUACUACAGAUCCUCUACCACGAUAUGGAUGCGAUUGAGUUUGUGGAUGCGGACGGACAGCUCCGCAGCAGUAAAAAUGUGAGAUUGAACGACGUUGGAGCUACUGAGAAGUUCUCUACACGUGAUGCUUACGAGAUCUCGCAGGUGUUCAAGCUAACGAGCAGAGGUUUCCGUUGGGCUGACGGUGUUGGGGAGGAAAAUUUUCAACGUAUUCCUGCUGGAAAGCCGAUCGGGUUCAUUGGAAGCGAAACUUUCACUGUGAACUACGACUCGCACAUUGUGUUUCCUAAAAUUCCAGCUCUCUGGAAGAUCGAUGCGUGA